AUGAGCCUGUUGUGCCGGUUCUCGAUGAGUCAGCUUUUGACGAAAAUGUCGCUUGCAAAGAUUCCAUCAGAAGUUCUUAAUAGACUAAAAGAUGGAACAGUUCUCGUACUCUGGGGCGCUGGUAGCUCUCCGGAAGAUGUACAAAGAUUUUCUCAGGAACUCUCUACCCAACAGUGUAGCCGUAUUAUAGUUGAGCAUUUUGAACGUUUAAUUUUGUCUAGCCACCCAAAUUCAACAUUCGAUGCGGUUCUUUCAAAUUUAUUUGAACCACAUACAGCAAAACAUUCAUUUGAGCUUUUAUCCGAAAUUGUUAGGAUUAUGAAGACAAAUGGGCUCAUAUUUGGCAAAGAGAAAUCUGAUAGAAUUUCAGCUGACCUCAAACUUGCAGGAUUCUGCAACAUCAUUGUUGAACCCACUGAAAACUCCUUUUCUGCCCAGACACCAAAUUUUGAAGUGGGGUCAUCAUCCAGGCUUGCAUUUGCUAAACCAACAGUAUGGUCUCUUUCUGAUAAUCUUGUAGAUGACCAGAUUGAGCUAAUCAAUGAAGAUGAUUUGCUUGAUGAGAAUGAUCUGAAAAAACCUGAAGCUGAAACCUUAAGAGUGUGUGGAACAACUGGGAAGCGCAAAGCUUGCAAAGACUGUUCAUGUGGACUAGCAGAAGAGCUUGAAGCAGGUCAGCCAGUAAAGCCUACAACAAAGUCUGCUACAUCAUCUUGUGGGAGUUGUUAUCUUGGAGAUGCCUUCCGUUGCGCCAGCUGCCCAUACCUCGGGAUGCCGGCGUUUAAACCAGGGGAGAAAAUCCAACUGUCUGAAAGACAAUUGAAUCCUGAUUUGUAAAGAUAACGAUGAGAUUGAGUACAUAGGUUGCUCAACUUGGAA